AUGGGGGCUCGGCAAUCCUCCGUAGGGGAGGAGAGGCCGCGGUCCAGUUCGGUCGAUGGCGCGCCAUCUCGAGAUGUUUUUCAAGCUUCAUCUUUGCCCGAAUCAACCGUCGUCUCAGAAAUCCUACAGUCUCUUCGCCGAGGAGAUUUUUAUCAAGUUGACACAACCGAUGACGACGAAGCAGGGCCUUCUUCACUGGGGUAUGUCAUGAGAACAAGAGGAGCCAGAAACAGCUCUAACAUACCUAGAUCUAGACGUCGUUCUCACACUGAAAGAAAUGCUCGUUAUUAUUCAGCAACAGAUAUCACCUGUCCUGUUUGUCGUGUGACCGUACCUUCGGAUGAAGCUGAUUUACAUUUGGUAUUGUGCCUUACUAGACCUCGAAUUGACUAUAACAGUGAAGUUUUGACGGACUGUAAAGGAGAAUGUGCGAUCUGCUUGGAUGACAUGGAAGUAGGGCAUUCGAUUGCUCGCUUGCCCUGUCUUUGUAUUUAUCACAAAGAAUGCAUAGAUAAUUGGUUUACGAGGAAAAACUGUUGUCCGGAACAUCCAGGAGAUUAA